UAGAUAAUUUUUUCAUAAAUUUCAAGGUUACUGAAUUGAAUGAAGAGAUGGAAAAUCUUUGUCUCUGCAAAAAAAUGGUACCCAUUUCAUAUUUUUUCAUAAAGAUUAUAUCUUUAAUCUUAUUAUUUGCAUAUUGUUCAAAUGCUUCAAAUACAAUUGCGCAAGGUCAAGUCAUAAAAGAUGGAGAAACCCUUAAAUCUGAAAAUGGGUCAUUUGAAUUUGGGUUUUUUAGCCCUUCAAAUUCAUCAUUAAGGUAUGUUGGAAUUUGGUAUUCCAAUAUUUCAGUUGAUUUUGUAGUUUGGGUUGCUAAUAGAAACAAUCCAAUUAGCAAUAAAAAUGGUUCUGUAACACUUUCAAAUGAUGGGGUUUUGGCUGCUUUUGAUGGGUUUGGGACUGUUGUUUGGUCUACUAAUACUACAGCAAUAUCGAAAAAUUAUACUGGAAUUUUGCAUAAUGAUGGUAAUUUUGAGAUUAGGGGUAGUAAUAAUUAUCCUGUGCCUAGUUUUUCUUGUUGGGAGAGUUUUGAUCAUCCUACUGAUACAUAUUUGCCUGGUAUGAGAGUACCUGUUAAUCCGAAUGUAGGCGAAAAUCGGAUUUUUACAUCAUGGAGGAGUGUGAAUGAUCCAUCAUCUGGGAAUUUCUCAAUGGGUGUGGAUCCUAGAGCAGCACCACAGAUUGUGAUUUGGGAGGGAUCGAAUCGUCGUUGGAGAAGUGGUUAUUGGAAUGGACUGAGUUUUACUGGUGUGCCAAACAUGGCUGCCUUUUAUUACUAUGGUUUUAAGCUUUCUAAUGCUGAUGCAGAUGGGAUAAUGUAUUUUACUUAUUUACCUUUGGACCGCUCUAGUAAGUUCAAGUUUAGAGUAUCAUGGGAUGGAUAUGAGAAGUCUAUGACUUGGGCUGAUGGUGGCAAAGAGUGGAUUUUGAUGCAGAAACAGCCUGGGAGUGAAUGUGAUGUGUUCAAUAAGUGUGGGGUUAACGGUUAUUGUAGGAACGCGACAGGUGAUUUCAUUUGUGGUUGCUUUCAAGGGUUUGCUCCUAAGUUUCCUGAUCAAUGGACCAAUGGGAGUUGGUCUGGUGGGUGUGUUAGGGAGGCUCAAUUGAAGUGUGAGAUCAAGAAUGGCAGUGUGAUUGCUGAAGAUGUAUUUUUAGAGGUUGACAAUGUGAAAUUGCCUGAUUUCGCGAAUCUUUUGGAAGCAGAUGAUGAGGGGGAUUGUGGAAAAGAAUGCUUACAGAAUUGUUCAUGCAGGGCAUAUGCUUAUGUAGGUGGAAUUGGUUGUAUGGUAUGGAGUGGUAACUUGUCGGACAUUCAGCAAUUUAAAGGAGGAGGCAAUAAACUGCACAUUCGCGUAGCAUCUUCUGCCUUGGGUAGCAAAGGCAAACUCUCUGGUCCUAAGAUAGCAGCUAUAGUAGUAAGCGGAGUGAUAUUGUUUGGCUUAGUACUUUUAUGUUUGUGCAAAUACCGGAAACAAUUAAACGCUAAAAGAGGGAAUGAUGCACUGACUAUUGGAUUGAGGAAAGGCCAAGUAUCUUCCACAGAUAUCUCAGGAUCACAGGAAAUUAUUGGAGAGGAAAAUCUGGCAAAUGCAAAAGAUCUUCCACUGAUCAAUUACAAUCUUGUUGCAUCUGCUACAAAUUUCUUCUGUGCAGAAAACAAGCUUGGAGAAGGUGGAUUUGGUCCUGUUUACAAGGGAACGUUACCUAGUGGACAAGAGAUAGCAGUCAAGAAACUUUCAAGAAAGUCAGGGCAAGGCAUGGCCGAAUUUAUGAAUGAGAUUAUGCUGAUUGCCAAAUUACAGCACAGAAAUCUUGUCAGAAUAUUAGGUUGCUGUGUACAUGGGGAUGAGAAAAUGUUGAUCUACGAAUAUAUGCCUAAUAAGAGCUUGGAUGGAUUGAUUUUUGACCCCAUGAAUAAACAGCAAUUAGACUGGAAGAAGCGUUUUACAAUCAUUGAAGGGAUAGCAAGAGGAUUGCUUUAUCUUCAUAGGGAUGCAAGGUGUACAAUUAUUCACCGGGAUUUAAAAGCCAGCAACAUCCUUUUAGAUCAGGAAAUGAAUCCAAAAAUUUCAGACUUUGGUAUGGCUAGAAUUUUUGGAGGAAAUCAAGAUGAAGAAAAUACAAAUAGAAUAGUUGGAACUUAUGGCUAUAUGUCUCCAGAGUAUGCAAUGGAAGGUUUCUUCUCUGAGAGGUCUGAUGUGUACAGUUUUGGGGUGUUGCUAUUGGAGGUAGUUACAGGUCAUCGCAGCACUAGAUUUCGGUUCUCUGAACACACAAACCUCAUUGAAUAUGCAUGGAAAUUAUGGAGUGAAGGAAGAACAAUGGAGCUCGUCGAUUCUUCAUUUGCAAGCUCAUGUCCAAGUAAUGAAGUUAUAAGAUGUGUACAUAUAGCGUUAUUAUGUGUGCAGGAUUCUGCAGUUCACAGGCCAACUAUGUCACAGGUGGUCGUAUUGUUGGAAACUGACAGUCUUGCACUUUCUAAUCCUAGGGAACCUACUCUUGCUUAUUCUUCAAAUCGCCGUUUUGUUGACAUAGACAUCCAAAAAGGUUAUCAAGAUAUUGAGUCCUCAAAUCAUGUAACAGUCACCAUGCUAGUUGGACGAUAGGGAUAUUUGCAGCAAAGGUUCUCCCUUAAGCUCUCCCAUUUGUCUAAACACAAGUUUUGUGUACAUAUUUUCACAUAUUUAGAUUUUUUUGUUUUAUUCUGAAUAACAAGUAUUCACUCAAAUGUUCAUUACUCUUUUUUUAACGAGGAACCUGGAAGUACUCUGUUGGAGAAGAACAAAGUCAGGCUUGUAGCAUUCUUGGUUAUCUUACUGAUCAUGAUUGCCUUUCAGGAGUACAAUUUGUUCUUUCCUCUAGUCUCUUACCGCUUAUUAACAUGUUUUUAGACGAUUCAGUAUGAAUGAGUGGUAAUCAAAUAUCUGAAUGUGGACUGCAAAUGAAUUCUGAAGUCCUUUUUUGUUAUAGAUGGAGCCAGAGGUUUUUAUAUCCUUAGAGAUACAUCUCUUGUCUCAUGUUCUGAUUUUGACCAUAUCUGAUUCCACUUGUUGGUUGAUGAACUUUGAAAGUUCUCUUUCCAUUUUGUAUUACAGAAAUUGUAGAAAGUUAAAAUUGACGUUUGAGGCUUCUCUUAUCUCUUGUGGUGAACCUUUUUGACCCGACAAUGAAAUAUUAUUGUAUUGUAUG